AUGUCUCUUUUCCACAUUUUCUCACUCAUCAUCGCCUUUCUGCCGCCGCUUGUCACCGGUUUAGCCGCCUCGGCGAAAUGGAUGAUCAACACCACACAAGACGAGGUGCCCCUUGUGCGCCUCACAAAGGAUAUCUUCGCACCGGAGCGAUACGAUAUUCGAGUUCGACCCAAGAUGAAUCACUCGGAGAGCAUGCAGAUUCACAUAAGCAUGAGCUUAUAUCAAAUUAUUGAGGUUGAUGAGCCAUCACAAACGAUCAAGUUGAACGUGUGGAUGAUUCAGAAAUGGACGGACGAGAUGCUGAUGUGGGAUCCGCGAGACUACGGGUUGAUCAACAAGACGAUUCUCCCAUACUCAUCACUUUGGAUACCCGAUACAUAUCUGUACAAUAGUGUUCGGAUGGCUCGAGACGAGACAGAGCGAUAUAUGAACAUUCAAGCGGACACACUGCAUUGGGAAGGGAGAAAUGGAAGCAAUAUGUCUUUCCUCUAUCCAGCCAUCUACACACUCACAUGUCGACUGAAUAUACGUUAUUUCCCGUAUGAUCAGCAGAAUUGUACUUUGACGAUCUCAUCUUGGACAAACAGUAAAUCAGCGCUAGACUACUAUGCAGACUCUGAAGUAAACUUGAAAUCUUUCAUCCCGAACGAGGAAUGGGAUGUGGUCUCUUUCAAAAUCCAUCGUCACGAGUACAAGUAUGCAUGCUGUGCUGAGCCGUGGGUGAUCUUACAGGCAUCAUUAGUGAUCAGACGGAAACCAUUAUAUUAUAUCGUGAAUCUCAUCAUUCCCACGUCGAUCAUUACAAUUGUUUCGAUUACUGGAUUCUUUACACCGGCUAGUACCGAUGAUGAUCGAAAGGAGAAAAUCAAUUUGGGUAUUACAACUCUUCUCGCGAUGUCUAUUUUGAUGUUGAUGGUUUCUGACGCAAUGCCUACCACUUCCGAAUUUGUACCUUUAAUAGCUUGGUUCUACUUAUCGAUCAUCAUCAUUGUCUCUAUCGGCACUUUCCUCACAUCAAUCGUUCUCUCGAUUCAAGGACGGCGACAAUUUGGAAAGAAUCCACCCAUCUUCGUCAGAUAUUGCUUCUUUACGUUCUUGAGAGCACUCUUCUGGUUGGAUGUGCCGCCGACACUGAAGAAACUUUGGGAAGAUCUUGAUGAUCACCCUCGGGACACUUGGCGAAGAAGAAACGGGCGAAAGAUGAUCGACAAAAAGAUUGGAACAAAUGGAAGUUUCUUGGUGCUGAAAGAAGGCAAAGAAGGCAAAGAAAACAAACAUCAACCAGUACAAAGCAGAAUCAGUGAGAACAGUCUCCGAGUGCCGGGCACAGCUCAAUCCUCAAUCCAACAGCCGAUCGAUAAACGCCAUUCGAUUCAGAUGAUUGGGUUUCGCCGUUUGAGCGGCUCUCCAUCAGGCGCUUUCGGCUCACUUCGCUCAGCUGGCGUUUUGCCUCAAUCGGGUAGUGGCACCGUGGAGCAGAGGGUUUCUGCUUCUGCAUCGACUCCGUUUCCCAUUUCAGACGUCUCCGGCACAACGACACCGGCGGCAACCACAGCGAGGAGUCGACGUGGAUCGAAUCUAUGGGAAAACGCGAUAACAACUGUGCUCGCUUCUCGAUCCACCUCUAGACGUUCAUCUGUUUUCCCGCAAAACAAAGAAGUUGAUAGUAUGCGACGACAACGACAAUGCUCUCUUGAAUGGGAAUUUUUGGCCACGGUUUUGGAUCGAAUUCUUCUUAGCCUUUUCACUCUGGCGGUGUUUUUGGUGACAGCUGGAGUGUUUGUUGUUGGACACAUGGCUCAACUGAGCUACGAUCAACACAGAGAU